AUGGGUAAAAGCGCUAAAAGGAAGCGCGAGCGUGAGAAGGCCCUUCUUGAACAAGGGCAGUUGUCCCAGCGAAAUGUUGACAACGAUGGAGAUGAAUUGAUGGAUCGGGAUAAUGCCGUAGGGCACGCUGAUAGCACAGAGUCGAAGACCCUAAAAAACGGACAUUAUACCCUAGAACAACGACAGGUAACAACAAGAAUCAUGCUGCUCCAUGAAAAAGACUAUUACAAUAUACUAGGACUCCAGCGGGAUUGUACGAUGCAGGACAUCCGUAAAGCCUAUUUAAAACUGGGCCGCCGGACACAUCCGGACCAAAACAGGUAUAAGGAUGCACCGAUUGCAUUCAAAAGAUUGGCAGAGGCCUAUGACGUGCUCCACAAACCGAAAUCACGAGCUCAAUUUGAUUUAAUCGGUGAUCAAUAUGAAACAAGCCGGACUCGAAAUGCGGAGACGGUGUUUGGUGAGGCAUUCGCGGAAAAUGCUGCCGGGGACGAGUCAGAAGAUGCGUCUGACGAGGAAGACUCAGAGGAGGAAUACACACAGCCUAAGCCUCAGGUGGAAGUAGAGCGGGUCUAUAUGGAGGCCACGGAGCUAGUUAAUCAAUAUCUAGCACUGCGCCCCGUCGUUGAGCGCCACUCAGCCGAGAGAGGGAUUGUUAAGCUUAAUAAGAAGAUAAAAGAAAUAAAUCGAGAAUCAGGCCUCCCCGAACACGAAGGAUCAAUUAAAAUGAAUCUACUGCAGGGAUUCGCCGAGAGUUACCGAACAGCCGCCCAGGGAAACAAUCUCGAGGACUUGACCAGAAUCCGCAAACAGUUCGACUAUACAAAGAAGAACCAUUACUACCCGUCGUCGUGGCAAUUACCAGAGAUUCCAGGCAUCAAGUAUGACCCUUCAGAAACUGAGAAGCGGAACCUGGCGGAUCAGGAGACCGCCGAACAAAUCAUUGGCUAUAUACCGAGCAGCAGAUUUUGCGGACCCUCGUUUAUCGUGAGAACCCCAAACCUUCCCACCGGUAUGCUCAUCGAGCAAUAUGGCGACACCAAUCGCGACAUGGCUGAAGCAUACCUCGCUCUGCCAGAGGCGGAGAAAAAAGAUGUGCGUGGCUCACAGGAGCGGUAUAGCAAGGAUGACCGCACCAAGUACGAUCGGAUUUUAGGCUGGUGUAAUGUAUUAUCUUCGAAAUGGAACCCAGAUACUCGAGGGUGCCUUCCGAAGUCCUAUGGUCUCAUUCGCUUCAAGGACGGCAGAACCGACAUUCUCAGCCGGACCGCCCUGAGAAAAGUUCUUGGUGUUCGUGCUGCGGAUGCCCAGGUCAAUCGAUUCUACUGGGAGCUAGGCAUAACUCCCCCGUGGGCCGCCAUGCCAAGAUUCCAAGCGCUCCCUGGGUUAGAGAGAGCCCUCAUAGGGGGCCCGCAUUCCAAUACUGUGCGGAACCAGGGCUCCGAUAAGGUAAGGCGGAGUGGUAAAACACGCCGAGAGUCCCAGGACAGAACCUCCGAGGACACGAUCAGGACGCUGGUGGAACAGAAUCAAAAGCAACAACGGCAAAUAGAGGAACUGACCAGUUCUAUUACAAAGAUACUGCAACAGAUACAGUUAUAA